AUGGGAAGAAAGAAGAAGAGACAGGCUAAACCUUGGUGCUGGUAUGUUUAAUUAAUUCUUAUUUGUAGAUCUUUUUUAGGAAUAAAUUAGCUACAGGUUAUUUUAUAACCACUUUUUUUGGAUGAAUUUCUUUUUUGUAGGUAUUGCAACAGAGAGUUUGACGAUGAAAAGAUUCUGAUCCAGCAUCAGAAGGCAAAGCAUUUCAAAUGUCAUAUGUGUAACAAAAAACUCUUUACCGGCCCAGGUUUGGCCAUACAUUGUAUGCAAGUACAUAAGGAGACCAUUGACAAGAUUCCUGGAGCUGUGCCAGGCAGAGAUUCAGUGGAUGUUGAAGUAUAUGGAAUGGAUGGUAUUCCUCAAGAGUUUGAUGGAGGAGAACCAAAGACCAAGAAGGCUUUGAUCCCACCAAUGCCAGGAGGUCUUCCAGGAAUUCCUCCUCCUCAAGUUACAGGUCCUCCAGGCAUGUAUCCAAUGCCUCCUGGAGGCAUGAUGCCUGGAUUCCCUAACCCCUACUACAACAUGAUGCCUACACCAUCAAUGCCUCAGCCAGGCCCUCCAAUUCCGAUCAGAAUGCCUCCGCAUAUUCCUCAUAUGCCUCCACAGCUGCCGAUGCCACACGCUCCCCUCCCACAACAUCACCAUCCUCCUGUUUCAAACGUGCCCUUGUUCUCAUACAAUCAGCCCCCUAAAGCUGCAGAACCCGCGCCUUCAGAAGUGGCAUCGUCAUCGAAUCCUAUUCCAAAAGCGAACGUGGCCAAGAACAGGAUAAUGGUGCCGGACGAAGGGAUCUCGUUGGUAAGAAAAUAUGUUUAGCAGUUUUAUGGUUUUUCGAAUUCAUUGCCACAAUGAUAACUUAAAGACUAUGCUUUAACUCGGCUAUUUCAGGAGGAGAACAUGGCAAACAGGUUGGAGAUGUUGUCGCAAUCAAGAUUUCGUUGA